AAAGUGGGAGGAGAAGGAGAGAGGAGGAGGCAAGCAAGAGAGGAAGAAGGGGCAGGAAGGCAGGGCUUUGGCAGGCACUGCUGCCUCCUGGGCCAGGAUCUGGGCGAGGAAGCAGACUCCUGUGGGCCUCCUCUUGAGUAAUUCGAGGUGUUGUGAUUUAAACAAUGGACGAACAAUCUCAAGGCAUGCCAGGCCCUCCUGUUCCUCAGUUUCAGCCACAGAAAGCCUUACGACCUGACAUGGGCUAUAAUACCCUAGCCAACUUUCGAAUAGAAAAGAAGAUUGGCCGCGGACAAUUUAGUGAAGUUUACAGAGCCACGUGCCUGUUGGAUGGUGUUCCAGUAGCUUUGAAAAAGGUGCAGAUAUUUGAUUUAAUGGAUGCCAAGGCACGUGCAGAUUGCAUCAAAGAAAUAGAUCUUCUUAAGCAACUGAAUCAUCCCAAUGUAAUCAAAUACUACGCAUCUUUUAUUGAAGACAAUGAGCUAAAUAUAGUGCUGGAAUUAGCAGAUGCUGGAGAUCUUUCUAGAAUGAUCAAGCAUUUUAAGAAGCAGAAGAGGUUGAUUCCUGAAAGGACAGUUUGGAAGUACUUUGUUCAGCUGUGCAGUGCUUUGGAGCAUAUGCAUUCACGGCGUGUCAUGCAUCGAGAUAUCAAGCCAGCCAAUGUAUUCAUUACAGCUACAGGAGUGGUAAAACUUGGAGAUCUUGGAUUGGGAAGAUUUUUCAGCUCUAAAACCACAGCGGCACAUUCAUUAGUGGGAACACCUUACUACAUGUCUCCAGAGAGGAUCCAUGAAAAUGGAUAUAACUUCAAAUCAGACAUCUGGUCUCUAGGCUGUCUCUUGUAUGAGAUGGCUGCAUUGCAAAGUCCAUUCUAUGGGGACAAAAUGAACUUAUAUUCUCUAUGUAAAAAGAUAGAACAAUGUGACUACCCACCCCUUCCAUCAGAUCACUACUCAGAAGAGCUGCGACAAUUAGUAAAUAUGUGCAUCAACCCAGAUCCAGAGAAGCGGCCAGAUAUAACCUAUGUUUAUGAUUUAGCAAAACGUAUGCAUGCACAUACCGCCACCAGCUAAAAGACUUGGCAGCCUAUGAAGAGAAGAACAACCUAGAAACUUUCAAGUAUUGUUGUGCAAAUGCUCUUCCAUGUUUUCUUCUAUUUGCCUAUUGCCUUAAAUUUAGUUAUGUGCAAUGAACAUGUUUAAACAGUUUUGUCACAGAGUUUAUGAUUUAAAACUACUUACCUUUUUAAAAAAAAUAAAAGUAUAUUGUAAAAUAUGAAACAGUUUUAAAAAUGGUGACAGAACAGUGAAACUGGUGAUCCUUGCUAAUUAAGGAAAUGGCAGUUUCACAUAUAUUAUAAGAUGAGCUGACAUUUUAAAAAUAUGUUUCCAGUAUUUAGUACUUACAUAUAAGAGAUGCAAAUUUCUAUGUAAAUAGCAAUGUUGGACCUUUACAAGCAAAAAUAUUGAUUCCCCCGCCUCUGUUGUUUAAUAAUUUAUAGAAAUGCUGAAUCAGCACAAUUUAUUGUUCAUUACUGGCGUUUUUUGCCUCAUUCCCUCCUGAGGCAUUUAAUUGAUAGACUUUUUGUUAAAGGAGUUAGAUGUUGUACAGUUUAUUGGCUGUUCAACUUCAACACAGAUGCUGAAUGUGAAUAAAACUGAGGUUUUGUUUUUUAGAAACUGUCCAACACUGAAGAAAAAAAUAGUGAAUUGUUUUUUUAAUUGUACAGUAACUUAACCCCAAACUGUACCAUUUUAUUUUAUGAAUUUGUGUUAUUGUAGUGCCUUGCUCCACCAACCUGUUGGGUGAGUAGGAAAGAAAUGUACAUUUGCACAGCAUAGACUCCGGAUCAUUUCCCAAAUUGGUAGCUAUCAAGGUUUAGUUUAACCAGCAUUUUCAGACCCCUUUAUCUCAGCUUUCCAAUACAGUGGACCCUUGCCUUACGUGGGGGAUCCGUUCUGGACUCCCCCACCUAAGGCGAAUAAUGCGUAUGCUCGAUCCCAAUUGAAUAUAAUGGGGCUGUAGCACAGCAGUGCCCACGCGCCACAGGCGCAUACACCAUUCAUUGUAUGCAGCGCGGCUUCAGCAUAAGCUGAAAGUUGCGUGUAGUGCGCACACAUAUGGCACGGGCACACUGUACUAAGCACAUGAAAUCAAGGGUGUUGAGGAACGGGCUUAAGGUGUACUAAAUCAAUAGGUUCAUUGGAUAGAGGCGCAUGACUCUUCGUUACUUUGCCUUUGCGAGAUGUAGAUUUAAGAGAAUUUCUUCAAAGAGCUGUGCUUUUUGUGUUGCUUUUGUUAUAUACAUAUAACUUAUUUAGAUGCUUUUCUGUGCUAUAUGUUGAUUGACUUUUAAAAUCUAGUUCACACCCAAAACUUGAGGCUUGGGCAAGAGGAGGUUACUUCAGUUUAGACAUGGAAACUGCAUAUUGUGUGAAGCCAUUAGAUUUUAUACAAUGACUGCCAUUUGGCAGGGGCUUGAAAAUUCAUUAAUGGGACAGUUUCUCUGUGCCCUGUAGUGUCUGGUAUGCCUAACACGUAGUUUUUUUUACAUCCAUGAAAUGUGGUAAAAGAAAUAGGUUGUGGCCACAGAGCUAAAUGUUAUUGUAGUAGACAGCCAUUGUGACAGAGAGAAAUUAAUAAGCCCAUUAAAACUGAGAUACUGCUUCCUAAUAAUUCAUUAGAUGUUUUCUGCUUUGUUUACUGAAAAUACUGUCUUGAGCAAGCUUCAUUUCUAUGCAUUUUAAAGAAUAUCCUGAACUAAGUCUGUGUCCGCACUGCAUAAAUAAUCCAGGUUAAAAUAAUAAUAAAAGCUUUAUUUCUAGCCCGCCUUUCCAGAGAUCAAAGCGGGUUACAAUGGUGGAUGCCAUUUUAAUUGCCAUAGCUCAGUGCUAUGACA